AGGUCGCGAGUCAACUAAAUUCAUGUUCUUUUUGGUUUAUACAGUCCCCGUGCAAAGGUAGGUUACGAAAUUGUCUCCGGCACAAAUUCGAAAUUACCGCCUUUUUCAAAUGUUCACACGUGCUGCUUGUAUAACCGCCAAUCGGAUCUUAAAUUUGAAGAACGUGAAACAACUAGUUCAUCAGACCGCAGCGACCAUGAGUGGAACUGGAAAUUCGACAUUGUUAACAUCAAACUUAUGGGAUUCUGAUCCCGAGCUGUUCAGUCUUAUACAGAAGGAAAAGCAUAGACAACAGGCUGGUCUGGAAUUGAUCGCAUCGGAAAACUUUACAUCGCUAUCGGUGUUGCAGUGUCUUAGCUCCUGUCUCCAUAACAAGUACUCCGAAGGUCUUCCGGGAGAACGGUAUGAAACCAUCUUUAUUACUUCAUUUAGUUUAAGGUGGAUCAAUAAGGUCCCGUUCUGGUAUGUUGUGCUCACCCUGUACAUUAUGAUACCUUACAUGAGAAUGUCAAAAUCUCCUGUGCCUAAAUUUUUCAAAUGUAGCCUCGUUUUAAAAUGAAGUUAACGAUCACUAACAAAUUUAAAGGACUAAUCCUUUUUGAGUACAAAUUUUAGAGAAAAAACAUAACCUCUACACUGUACAUACAGGUUUGUACCUAAUCUACAAUACAGGGUGCCUCAUUUAUUUAGUCUAUUUGUUCUCAUUUGUCAGUACCUAAUAAUUUCUAGCUUCAUUUAGAGAAUAAAUAUGUGGCACGCUCACAAAUGUAUUUAUAACUUACCCUGUCAGUCUAGUCUAGUGACUAGGAAUUUUUUACCCAUGACGUACGUAAAUACUCCCCCCUCCCUUCUCCAAAAUAACAGUUCGUUACACAUAUUUGUUGAAUCAUGCCCCACCUGCCACAUACAUCUAAUUAAAAUUCGACAAAUGGACAAAUUAACAUUUUUAAAAAAUGAAUUUUUUUAUGAUGCUUGCUAAAUAGCGAUUUCAAUGGUUUUAUGAAUAUCAGAAAUUUUCUUGAAUUUUUAGUUUUUUUAAUUUUCGGAAUUUGAAAUUUUUUAAAGUUUCAACAUU